UGCACCUCCGGCCCACAGACAUGUCCUGCUACAACCAGUGCCUGCCCUGCCAGCCUUGUGGCCCAACCCCACUGGCCAACAGCUGCAAUGAGCCCUGUGUCAGUCAGUGCCAGGACUCCACCGUCGUCAUCCAGCCCUCUCCUGUGGUGGUAGCCUUGCCUGGCCCCAUCCUCAGCUCCUUCCCACAGAACACCGUUGUGGGUUCCUCCACCUCCGCUGCUGUCGGCAGCACCCUCAGCUGUGACGGAGUGCCCAUCACCUCUGGGUGCUGUGACCUCUCCUGCAUUACCAGCCUCUACUGUGGCAGAAGGUGCCCCCCCUGCUAAAG